CCAACCGGGUGUGGUGAAUGACCACGGGGUGACGCGUAACGUGAUUCACAGUGCGUACCGUGACGCUGAAGUUUAACAAUUUCAGCCGUUCCCUGACGUUUACCGUUCGCUAUUGUAGGCGCAAACGAGACUACUGAAAAUGUCUUCACGUAAAACUGCCGGUCGUCGUGCCACCACGAAGAAACGCGCCCAGCGUGCGACAUCAAAUGUUUUCGCAAUGUUUGACCAGGCGCAAAUUGCCGAGUUCAAAGAAGCUUUUAAUAUGAUCGAUCAGAAUCAUGAUGGAUUCAUUGACAAGGAGGAUUUGCACGAUAUGUUGGCCUCUUUGGGCAAGAAUCCUACUGAUGAGUAUUUAGAGGCGAUGAUGAACGAAGCACCAGGACCUAUUAACUUCACGAUGUUCUUGACAUUAUUUGGAGAGAGACUACAAGGGACUGAUCCCGAAGACGUGAUUAAAAAUGCCUUUGGUUGUUUUGAUGAAGAAAAUACCGGUCAUAUAAAUGAGGAACGUCUUCGCGAACUGCUCACAACGAUGGGCGAUAGAUUCACGGACGAUGAUGUAGAUGAAAUGUACCGCGAAGCACCAAUCAAAGGGUCUAUGUUUGACUAUUUGGAGUUCACUCGAAUCUUGAAACACGGAGCGAAGGAUAAAGAUGAGCAGUAAUGAGGACUUAUCUAAAAAAAGUCGAUCGCGUAAUUCGAAAUGAAAUCUUAGAUUGUGUAUUUGAAAUUUCCAGCAUAUUCCUCGCGCUUUUUAAUUCUGAGUUUUCGGUACCAAGAAUUAUUGUUAACGUUUUUUUUUUUUUUAUUUUGAUGAUAAUAAAAUUACGUAUAACGCGUCGAACAAUUUCAAAUCACAAUCCGCACUAAGAGUCUCACUGAUAUCUUGAAAAUAUUUGCAUGAAAGUAUUUAAAUUCAAAUCGAAAAUAUUAAAUAUUUUAUAUUAAUUUUAUGUUAAUAUAAAAUAGUCAAUGAUAUAUUUAGAAGUGCGAGGUAUUUGUGCAUCAUGUAGAAAAACUUUUUCGAAAUAUUCACACACAAGAAUAACAAUUUUUGAAUGAUUGCUAUACAGUCGGUGAAAGUUAAACAUGUAAGAUAUUUAUAUACAUAAAACAAACAUGUAACGCUGUUGUAGAUUCAGCAUUUAUAUUUUAAUAUAAUAUUCUAUUGCGUACAAAA